GAUGAAGAACAUCUUUUAAAUAAGUUUGCCAGGGAAAAUCCUCUUUUGGAUUUUCUGGGUCCACAACGUGCUAACAAUGAAAGCAGUUAUAGAGUGAUGGUGCCUCCGGAAAAGCGCGAUCAUUUGAUUAAGUUUUUCCAAGAAAAUCACCUGGACCAUCGAGUGCUAGUAGAGGACUUGUCUCCCUAUGUUCAAGCCCAACGAGAGGAAAAUCUACGAAAUAAGAAACAUCUCCAGCUUCCUCAUUUGGAUGUCCUUGGAGCCUUUUACACCCACUCGGAAAUUAAUGAUUACCUGGACAGUUUACCUUCCCGGUUCCCUAAGAGGGCUUUCGUCAAACAGUUCGGUUGGAGUUACGAGAGGCGUCCCCUGAAAGUCCUAACCAUAACCAAUGGCGAUGGAAGGAGGGACAAGCCAGUGAUCCUGAUUGAUGGAACUGUCCAUGCCAGGGAGUGGUUAUCCCCGUCGAUGGCUUUGUAUAUCAUUCAACAGUUGUUGGACAACUAUUCGGAGAAUCAGGAACUCUUGCAGGACUACGACUGGGUGAUAAUGCCUGUGGUGAAUGCAGAUGGGUAUGAGUACACUCAUACGGAUUCCCGCUACUUCCGAAAAACUCGUAUGCCCACAAACGAUCCGGAUUGUGUGGGCACGGAUAUUAAUCGGAACUUUGGCCACGAAUGGGGCCACGAUGAGGGCUCAUCGGGGGAUCCCUGUGAGAAUAUUUAUCGCGGAGAAACACCCUUUGAUCAGCCCGAAACCCAGGUCCUGCGGGAUCUAAUGCUUCAUCAUAAAGGAAGACUUAUCUUUUAUCUAUCGCUGCAUUCUUAUGGAAAUUAUUUACUUCUUCCAUGGGGACACACAAGUGACUUUCCCGAACACUACCAAGACAUGAUGUCAGUGGCGGAUGCCGGAGCCAAGGCUAUCGUUUUCGACUCCAAUGGGAUCUAUACCUAUGGAAGCACCUACUACGUCCUGUAUCCCACCUCCGGGGAUUCGGCAGACUAUGCCCUGGGCAUAGUCAAUGCGACUGUGGCCAUCACCAUGGAGCUACCGGCCGGUGGCUUUUUGGGCUUCGAUCCCUGGGUUUCCCAAAUCGAGAGAUUGGUCACGGAAAGUUGGGUGGGUAUCCGUGCGAUGGCCGUGGAGGUGAUAAGACGCUAUCCGGCGUAAUCGGGUCAUAAAUAAAGACACAUGCAAUGGAAUUGCGCCAA